AUUUGAUUUUAUCGAAUGAAUUCAUUCAAUCAUUGGAUUGGAUUCGUGUUGGUCGGUUGUUUUGUUUAUUUGUAAAGGAUCGAAAGGUUAUUAUUUAUCUGAUUGGAUCACCAAAUGGAUCCAUUCCAACGUUAAUUUUGGAACUUUUAGUUCCUUGUCAAUUGCUUUUCAUUAAAAUUGUGAUAUUUGUCAAAUCAUCAUACUCUAACGAAAUCUGACCAAUUAAAAAAAAAAAAAAUAUGGCUGUUGCGGCCAAAUUUAUUGUACACGAUUCUAAUGGCCUUCAUGUUUGGUCGACCGAUGGUCCAAAUGAAAGCGCUGAUUUAUUGAAAACAUUAGAUACUGGUGGUCAAAAACCAUUGAAUCUACUGCCAUCACCAGAUGGCCAAUAUUUGGCCAUCAUAUUCAAGGAUUGUGUACGUGUUUUUGUUCACGAUCAAAUGGAUAAACCAACAUUGGAAUUCAUGAUUGAAAAUGUUAAACAUGUUGAAUUCUCGCCCAAAUCGACAAUGAUCAUGUUGUUUGCUCCGUUGGCUCAACAGAAUCCAUCGCCCAAUCUAAAAGUGUUUGAUCUGACAAAAAAUGGCCAAUUAAAUCAUGAAUGGACAACGAAAAAACGUGAAUUAGUUCAAUGGUCUGCCGAUGAAUCUAUUGCCCAUCGUCAAUGUGGAUCGGAAAUCCUAUUCUUCGAGAAUAAUGAUUUCAAUCGUUGUGUGCAAAAAAUUUCAGAACCAAAAUUAACUACAUAUGGCUUUACAACAAACAAAGCUGGCUGUAGUUUUGUUGCCAUUUACAUAAAAGGCCAAAAAGGUUCGCCAAGUAUGAUACGAAUUCAUGGAUUUCCACAUUUGGAUAAUGCUAUUGUUUCGAAAAGUUUCUACAAAGUCGAUACGGUCGAUAUUAAAUGGAAUCCAAAAGGUGAUGCUAUUUUGGCCAUGACUUCGACCGAUUAUGAUUCCAGUGGUCAAAGUUAUUAUGGUGAAACUAUGCUGCAUUUCAUGGAUCUUCGUGGUGAAACAUCGACCAUCGUUGGGAAAAAAGAGGGUACUGUAUCAGCGGCUGAAUGGUUACCAAACAAUGAUGGAUUCAUCGUCAUCCAGGGUAAAAUGCCUGCUCUUGUAACUUGGUAUUCAAAUCGUGCUGAACCAAUGUUUUCAUUUGGUGAAUUACCCGUCAACGGUAUACAAGUGAAUUUAUUCGGUACAUUACUGGCUUUAACCGGAUUUGGGAAUCUUUCCGGAAAUGUUUAUGUUUGGAAUCUAAAAACAAAAUCAUUGAUUUCGAAUUUCAAAGCUGUCGAUACAACAUGUUAUAGCUGGCUAGCCGAUGGCAUCCAUAUGAUUACUGCCACGCAUUAUGAUCGAUUAAAAGUGGCCAAUGGUUUCAAAGUUUGGAAUUAUCUUGGUUCAAUGAUCCAUCAACAAGAUUGUGUUGAUGAUAGCCAAAUUCAGCUUUAUCGAAUUUUUCCAUUCGAUCCUGCCGGUCGAUUCGAUGAACCAUCAUUACAGGCAGGUAUCAAAGGCAAAAUUCUCUGUGAAGAACCGGUCCAUAAAUACGUUCCACCAAGCUUGCGUAACAAACAAUCACAAUCCUCAAGAUUGAUCAAGCCACCACCGCCAAAACCAUCAAUAAAAUCAUUGCAUCAACAAUCAAAAACAGUGGCCGAUAAAGAUCCACAAGCUAUAAAAGCAAAAAAAUUGAAAAAUCUAAACAAAAAACUACAACAGAUUGAACAUUUAAAGAAAUUACAAGAUGAAGGUAAACAGCUUGAAAAGAAUCAACUUGGUAAAAUCGAAAAAUUGGAUGAAAUAAUCAAAGAAAUUGAAAUGUUGAAAAUGGAAGCCUAAAAAAAUGAAUAGUUUGUUCUCCUAAUUGUUAUAAAAAAAAUAGGAUAAACAAACAAGGUCAAUGUUGUAAAAUCUUAUGAUUUCAACAAUCUUAUGAUUUUAAGAAUAAAAUGAAACAAAAAAUGA